GCAGCGCAGGUCCUCCUCUGGCAGGGAGAGGCUGUCGGCGCUGCUCUGGAUACAAAGCAGCCACGCUCUGGCUCCUUCCUCCCGCAUCCCGCUGGCCUCCUCCUCCUCCUCCUCCUCCUCCUCCCUGUUUGCUCGCUCCCUCCCUCUCCCCGUCUCUUUCUUUCCCGAACGCCACGCUGCAGAAGGCAGAGCUGUGAGCCGGAGCUGCACGGAGGCAGAGCAGGAGCGGGGAGCUCUCCGAGGCUGUUCCUUUGCGAGUGAAACACAGACAGGGAUGCGAUGAAGCAGCGUCGUGGUUGCCGCCUGGAUUAAGAAGGAAAACAUUUUUUAAAAAAAAAGAAAAACCACCCAAAAAACCCAACAAAAACACCACAAAGCCGGACGCAACAAACGAGGCGAAAAGGGAGGAGAGAAGGAGGCGGAGGCUGCUGGGGGAGCCCGCUCGGAUGGGCGAAGAGGCGCUUUGAAUCGUGCCUCUGUUCCCAGGGAUUAAAGCAUGAAUGGGAGCAGCUUCCCGGCCACGAUGGACAGAGAAGGCGGCUCCGGCUGUGGGAAUAAGGUUUCCUUCCACAUGAGUCCCUGAGGUUCCUGCUGGCAGCUCCAGCAGUGCCCUGCAGAAGUGCUCUCCUGCUCCUGGGCUCAGCAGCCGAGGCCCCUCCAAACCUGCUUCUGCAAUGGGUGGGUUGUAAGCACUGGUAAUGAGGAGCUGUGGGCCCAGUCAGUCUUGGAGAUGCCGAAGAGACGAGACAUCCUGGCUAUCGUGCUGAUAGUUCUGCCCUGGACACUACUAAUCACCGUCUGGCACCAGAGCACCAUUGCUCCACUGCUUGCAGUGCACAAGGAUGAUGGUGGUGACUCCCAGCGUGAUCUCGCUGCAGGCUUGGACUCCAAGGAAUACUGCCUGUCGGACCGGGACAUAGUGGAGGUGGUGAGGACAGAGUACGUUUACACGCGCCCACCCCCGUGGUCAGACACGCUGCCCACCAUCCACGUGGUCACCCCCACCUACAGCCGGCCGGUGCAGAAGGCAGAGCUGACCAGGCUGGCCAACACCCUCCUGCACGUCCCCAACCUGCACUGGAUCCUGGUGGAGGAUUCCCAGCGCCGCACACCGCUCAUCACCCGCCUGCUGCGGGACACGGGGCUCAACUACACCCACCUCAACGUGGAGACACCCCGCAACUACAAACUGCGGGGGGACAUGAGGGACCCCCGCAUCCCCCGAGGCACCAUGCAGAGGAACCUGGCCCUCAGGUGGCUGAGAGAGACCUUUAACAAAAACAACAGCCAGCCCGGGAUUGUUUACUUUGCUGAUGAUGAUAACACCUACAGCCUGGAGCUCUUCGAGGAGAUGCGCAGCACCAGGAAGGUGUCGGUGUGGCCCGUGGCCUUCGUGGGCGGCCUGCGCUACGAGUCGCCCAAGGUGAACGCGGCGGGGAAGGUGUACGGCUGGAAAACCGUCUUUGAUCCGCACCGCCCCUUCGCCAUCGACAUGGCCGGCUUCGCCGUCAACCUCAGGCUCAUCCUGCAGCGCUCGCAGGCCUACUUCAAACUGCGCGGGGUCAAGGGCGGCUACCAGGAGAGCAGCCUGCUCCGAGAGCUGGUCACCCUCAGCGACCUCGAGCCCAAGGCUGCCAAUUGCACUAAGAUUUUAGUCUGGCACACAAGGACAGAGAAGCCUGUGCUGGUGAACGAGGGCAAGAAAGGAUUCACAGAUCCCAAUGUGGAAAUCUGACUGUGCAUGGCUGAACGGAGACCAACACCAG